CAUAAUGUCUGAAUAUUAUGAAGUUCAGGCUAUUAAUCAUAUGGAAAUGAUAAAUUUUCAUACUGUUACACUUAAUUGAAUUUAACACAAGAAUAAUGUUUGAAUUGCUAAAAUUGCUGUUGGCGGAAUUAUCAAUUCAAAUAUUUAUAAAUAAUAGAUUUGUUAUAUCCUAGUGAAGAUUGAAUUAUGGGCGAUAAUUCAUGUGUACGUUGUCUACGUAGUUCACCGAUUGCAUCUUUAGUUGGUUUCAUUAUUGUAUUAUUGGGCGGUGGCGCUUUUGGUGGAGCAAUCAUUUUUGCGAGACGUUAUUUAAUUACACUUUUAAAUGCUCCUAAUCUAUUCCCUUACUUGGACUAUGCUAUUUAUGGUUUAGUCGGAGCAAUAGGAUUAUUUUCACUGUUAGCCUACUUACUAUGUGCUCUGUCUUCCGGUUGGAAUGCAAAACACUACUUUGAAAGUAGCCGAAAAGCAUGCUGCGGGAGAUGCUGUAAUAUGACGCUUAUCAUACUUUUAGUAACGGCUGUCAUAUUAUGGUCAGCUAUUGCAUGCCUAGUUAGUUACCCAGUCGUCAGUAUUGCACUGUUGUUAUACCGAAAUGAAGGACCUAGUCGUUUACGACUAGCCUCUGUCGGACAAAUGACUUCAGCUUACCAUGAUGGUCAAGUGAAUUUUCUUAAUCCAAGCAGUAGUUAUACACGUGAAAUGUUCAAUCUUAAUGGGAAACUAAUAAAACGACGUGAUACAGAAGAAUGGUUUCCUGAUCAUCCUAGUGAUUUCGAUACAGUUGAAAGUACUAUUGCUAUACCGGAUGAUAUUCAAGAUAACCUUCAAACAGAUCCAUCUAAUUUAAGUAGAGAUCUAACAGCUACGGUCACGAGUCCAAAAAUGGUCGAUCAGCCACCACCGGUGAUAAGUUCAUUUGUUGAUGAAAAUUUACCAUCAUCGUCAUCAUCGUCAAUACCAUCGAAAUUGUCUUUAAAACCUUUAUCAAAAAAAAUUAUAAAACAAGUAAUGAAUGAUGCUCUUAGUAUUCCAGAAUCUAUCAAAUUGUUUCAUCAAUGUAGUCAAGAGACAUUUGAUUUAUCUUAUUACGGUCUAUACGAUGCCAAUGGUUUACCGAUACAUAUUGCACGAGCUAAUUUCUCUGAAAGAAUAUAUGAUAUUUUAGUCUGUGUAAUUCUCGCUAUCGCUGGUAUAUUCCUAUUAUUGUUCGGUUAUUGUGGUGUGAGCUACUUAUAUUGAUAUAAGUAGUGUAUAACGUGCGUUAAAAGAACGUAAUGUCUGGCAGCAGAAGAUAGGGAAGACCAAGAAAGGAAGAGCGAGAACACAUUGGGAUUUGUAAGAAAAUGCAUGAACAAUGGAAUCGGAGACAAUGGAUUGUUGUUUGCAACAGAAACAGUUCAGUUUGGUUUGAUGCAUGAAUAUUUUGCAAAUUGACGAUUGACUAUAUGGUAUUCAGAUUUUGUUGAGAUAGACUGUAAUUGCUGUUCUAAAUACAUCUGCUUGUCCCCACCCGUGUUCUUGUUCACUACACUAGUAUCGUAUAUUAAAUUAGAUUUUCAGUAUUUUUGUCAGUAAUAUGUUUCUACUUAUAUUUUUUAUCAUUUCAGAUACAAAUAAUUAUUUGUACUGCUAUGAAUUAUGCUCGAAUGCAAGAGGCUAGAUAUUAUGAAACAUCUGAUAUUGGUGAAGAAGGUGUUGCAUUACAACAAUAAAAUAUACAUUUCAUAAAAAUAAUUCUAUAAUUUUAUAAAAUAUGAUUCAUUAUGAUUUUAAUCAUAUUUUCAUUAUCCUUCAUCUAUUUACUUUCAAAUUUACAAACAAUAUUAAUACAUAAAUAUAGGAAAGAUGAUCAUUACACAAUGUAUAGUUAUUUGAAUAAACAUUUUCAAAAGACAGUUUUCUCAUGAAUAAAAUAUCUCUAUUUAUGUUCCAGAAUAAUCAAUAUCAUAAUAAUAAUAAUCCUCCUUAUCACUACUAACUUAUGUAAUAUCUUAUUAUUUACAUCAAGUUUUAUGUUUUUACAUUUAAAUCUAUUGUUAUUCAUGUUGUCUUUUUUGUACUUGUGUUGUCUGUCUUGUUUAUUUGUUUGUUUUUCUCUUUUUAAAUAACCAUCCAAUUGGAAAAGUAAAAGUAAAUAAAGCAAACUAAACAUCAGUUAGUUGCUUUUUUUUUCUCUGUUAAAUCAUUCCAUAGCUUUUCAUCAUUUAUCAUAUAAAUAUUAUUUCCUAUAAGAUAAUCAAAAGAAGAAAAAAAAUUGUUCAUCAUUUGAAAAUAUAUACGCUACAUUUUUAUUGUUUGAAUAACGUUCAAUGUUUCAAUGUUUAAAAAAAAACAAAAAAGAAGAUGGAGAAUAGUUUAAUGAUAUUGAUUUUUUUUAAAUAUUAUAUUCCCGCUUUUUUUAUUGUGAUCUAUCAAAUUGUAGUGCUUAAUGCUUGAAUUCAUUUUAUUAUAUUUCUAUGAAUUAAAUAGUCAACAUUAUAGUAACAGACGAAUACACAUAAAACGUUUCUUUGAAUAUGCUUGAUAUACAUAGUUUUAUAUUCAACAUAUAAAUGUUUAUUUUUACUGUUUUUUUUUGUUUUGUUCUAUUACUAAUAAACAAUUAAUCAAUAAUAAUUCUUAAUUAUAAUUUUUUUUAUUUACACAAGUUUAAAGUUUCAUGAUUUGAUUGGUUUUGGUUUUAUUCUGUUGUUAUUAAUGAUGAUAUUUUCAUAUAGUUUACAUAAUAAUCAAUGAUAUUCAACCGAUGAAUGUUUAAUUAUUAAUGAGAAUUAAAUACAUAUGAAGUUUGUUUCAUAUUAUUCUUAAUUCCCUUGCUUAUUAUGUGUGUUUUCCUUCUUUUUUUUAAAUGUGUUUGUUUAUUUUAAUUGAUUAUUUUCUACAAGU